AUGUCGCGUAAUUGUGUAAACGAUGCUAAUCCAGUAAGAAUAUAGAUUACAUUAUACAAGUAAUAGGGUAUAAUAGUUUGACUUGUCUUUAAUUUAAUUUAUUUUAUUUUAACGAGCUACGAUAUAGAAAAGAGAUAAAUUAAUAGGUUAUAAAGAGUAUACAAAAAUAUAUAAUAAUAUACAAGAUCAAUUUUUUCAUACACAUUCUGAAAUUGUCUCAUGUUUAUUAAUUGUUUAUUAAUCAUACUUCUUAAAUUUUAGGUUUUUGUUGUAUUGCAAUUAUACUUGUUAUAGCAUGUUUGUUAACUUCAAUAAUAUUGAACUUCGUAAUGGCUCAGAACAAAUUUCAAAUUCGUUGUAUGAGUUACUUCAUCGAUCUUUCUAAUGAUUGGAGUUUGCUUUUGGGGUACAGUAUAUCUGAUAUCAUCUGUUUAAACGCAGCGUUCAUUACUGCUGUUGGAAUGAUGUCUAUCAGCUGUACAGAAUUAUCUGUUAUUAUUUUUGCACACUAUUUCUCUGCAUUAUUCAAAAUUACUGGGUGA